AUGGUGAAAGUUACAAAGGGGAAGACUACUCAGUCGUCUAGAAGGCAUGCAUUUUCUUCUUUCCGGGAAAGAAUUGACUCGAUUAAAAUUGAGCCAAACUUGAGCUUGAACAAGAGAGCUCACGAUUAUGUUGAAUCGUCACAUUUCCUAGCUACUUUGGAACACUGGAAAGAAGUGAAUAUAAGUGGUAACUUCACAGAAUUCUUAGAUAAAAUCGAAAACAUUUCCCAGACAUUACCCCAAAUUUUACAUCAUCAGGUUACCAUAUUUGAUGCAUUAUACGCUCAUAUUGAGAUAAAUGAUAUUAAUUCGAUUCAGCCUUUAUUGGAAUGCUUGUCACAGUUUAUUCACGAUUUAGGUCCUGAUUUCAUGCCAUAUUAUGAGAGAACCUUGACAUUAUUAACGAAUCUUGCAUUAUCAACAAAUCCUAAUGAUUCGCAAAAUAAUAGAAAUUCGUCUAAUGUCUUAGAAUGGUGCUUCAGCAGUUUAGCAUUUGCAUUUAAAUAUCUUUCUAAAACCUUAAUAGAGGACUUGUUGCCAACAUUUAAAAUAUUGAUUCCUUUAUUGCAACUCAACAAGAAAACCUAUAUCUCAAGGUUCUGCGCUGAAGCUUUGUCAUUCUUGAUUAGGAAGCUGAAAGUUGAUAGUUUAACCGCAGUAAUUGAAUACUCCUUCAACCAACAAAGUGAAAUAAUUCAUGAGAAUGACGCCUACUGCGAGUCAUUAGUUGUAUUAUUUUCAGAAUCUAUGAAGAAUACCAAGGGUUCAUUUCAUUCUAAGUCCACUAAUAUAUUAUCUAAAUUAAUUGAAAAUUCGUUGUCAACUAAAUUAUCUGAAGCAAAAUUUAUUUCAAUUGUUUGUGACAUUUUAUUAGAUGUUGUUAAUCAUGGUACAGUAGAAAGCUGUGACAAAUUUUAUAAACUAGUCACAAUCUACUUAACUCAAAUUUUGAACGAAUCAACUAUUACAGAUACUCUCGCAAUCUCGAUUUCACAAAUCCUAACUACAAUGUCAUUUGCUGAAUCAGGUAAGAAAAUAUCUUCUUGGUCUCCGAUUUUAUCAACUACUAAUUUAUUGAUAGAGAAAAUCUCGUCGGAGUCUUUGAAAAACGAUCAAUUUUCAAUCGCAUUCUUCGAUUCUUUGACAUAUCUACUCGUCAUUAUUAUUCGUAAUUGUGACAUUCAAGAAUUAACUAAGUAUUACAAGGUCUUCUUCGAAACUAUGUUAAAGUUAAACAAAGGUCAACAUUUCUUGAGUUUUGCAGAGGCAAAUUUGGAAAUAUCUGCAACUAAGGUGCUUAAUUUUGGUAUUGCUAAAUAUAUUCAAGACUUCAUAAAUUCAAUUGCAUAUAAUGAUUCCGAAGUUCAAAAGUUAGGAUUUUUCUUGACAAAAUUAUCUAAAAAGGAGUUUUACGGAAUUGACUUAACUAUUCCCCAACAUAUGCAAGCUCAUAUUACUGGCCAAUUAUGGGAUGGUUAUCAAAAGAUAUCUAACCCAGAAGAUUUGCCAGGAAUAUAUUGGAAACUUCUAAUUUUAAAAUACUGUGGAAGAUCGAGUGCAUCUGAGAGCCGGAGUUUAAUUAUGUUAUUGAGACAGUUAUGUGACGAUCAAUUUACUUUCGAUUCUAAAUUUUCGCAUGAUUUAGUGGGAGGUAUCGUCGAUGCAUUAUCUCUGUUAUUGAAAGAAAAUGAAGAUAAUGAAAUUUCCUUAAGAGUAUUUGAACUAAUCAUAUCUAAUUUUAGAAAGUUUAGUGAAUCAUCUGUGUUUGUCUCAUCUAUUGAAAACUUUAUCAGCUCUUGCUCAUCAACUAUAUGUCCCCUAAUUAAAGAUAACUACGACGUUUUGGUCUUCCAAUUGGCAGCUAACAUGUCCUUACCGAGCCACGAUUCUCGUUACAGCGCAAUUCUUUUGCUUAUUAAAAUUCAUGAAGUCUUAAACUUGGAAAUUUGUCUGUUAAUUUCUCAAGUAAGAUUAAUUGAAGAAAUUCCAUUAACUUUGAACACUGGAAGAGAUAUUGAAUUAAGAGUUCGUAAUUUAGCGCUUGAGUUCAAACUGCUAGAAAAUCCUACCGAUCUCGAAUGUAACAUUGUCUCGCGGUUUAUGUUUGGUUUAUUAACUAAUAAAUUUCAACCAUGUUGGGCUUCUGUUUUUGAAGUCUUGCCCUAUUUGGUUGAGAAGUGUUCGUUAUCUAUAUGGUUAUUAGCUUUUCAAUUGAUAAAAAUGAAUUAUGGAGAACAAAAUGCCAGUUAUUAUGAAUUUAAUCCUUCGACAUUCGAAGAAGAAAAUGUCCUAUUGGAUUGGCAAGUCAGAAACCCUAGGCUAAGAGGAAAUUUUGUAUUCGUGGACCAAAAUUUCCUUAGUAGAUAUCAUGAUAUCAGAAGUCUGAUUUUGGAUCAUGCUGAAAGCUCAAGAGCGGACAAUACGUAUAGCUCUAUAUUAAGAUCACAUGCUAUACAUGCAUUAACCUCAGUUCCUUCAAUUGCUGAAAAGCACUCUGAUAAGUUAGUACCGAUAGUCUUACAUGAAAUCGAUGACGAUGAUAUCGGUGAUACUAAUGAAGAUGGCUCUGAGAACGAACAUAUCAAUCAAGACACAUGGACGCUAAAAGAUCGAAAUGACUUGGUUUGCUUGUUCGCUAAAUUCAAUAAUUUGAAAAAGGUUUAUAAAGCAGACUUAUUAUACGAGCAUAUGCUUAAGUUACUCUGUAACAAACAAACCCAAGUACAAAAAAUGGCGUUAGACGUUAUACUCCAUUGGAGGGUUGGAUCUGUAAAUAAAUAUAAAGACAACUUGAAGAAUUUAUUAGAUGAUACGAUAUUUCGUGACGAGCUUUCCAAAUUCAUUUCGAAUAAUUCCGAUUCAACUAUAGAGCAAAGCGAUAAAGAUUCAUUAAUGCCAUUAGUGUUACGCAUUCUAUUUGGACGGGCGCAGAGUGUUCCAAAGAGUAAUAGUAAAGCUGGUAGAAAAUUUGCUAUUGUUGGAAUUUUACCUAAUUUAUCUCAUAAACAUAUAGUUGAAUUUUUGAGAUUAGGAUCUGAUAGACUUAAUUAUCAAGAUUAUUUUGAAACCAAGGAAUUACCGAUUAUUGACAUCAAAAUCUUAAGGAAGAUAAGCGGUUUUGUGAACUUGUUGAAUGAUGUAUACAGUACAUUGGGAUACAGAUAUAAUGAUGUUUUAAGAACAACUAUAGAACCAUUAGUAUUCUCUUUGACUGUUGCUCAAAAGGUGAUAGAUGAAGAAGAUAGUGCAGGUUAUGAUGUGGUCGUAAAAAAGUCUGCGAGAGCGAUAAGGCAACUCGGAAUGAAAUGUCUUAGUGAUUUGUUUAAAAUAUUAGGCGAAACGUUUCAGUGGGACGAUUAUAUCAACCUUAUAUAUGGAGAAAUUAUAAGACCAAGAUUAAGCAAAUUUACGGAAGAAAAUUUGCAGCAAACAUCAUCUUUGAUGAGACUCAUGACAAGUUGGAUAGAAUUACCAAAUCUAGUCAAGUUCUUGUACAUUGAUGAAUUUGCCCCUGUGGAAGCUAUUAUAUCGUUAGUGACUAAUAACCAUGUGAAGGAAUCGGUUGUUUCUGUUGUUUUGGACUUUUCGAUAUCUGCCUUGAGCAAGAGAGGUAUAGACGAUGAUAAUUACUUUACUCUAUUGGCUUUGUUGGUCAAUACCCUUUUAAAGUUCUUACCAAAUAUUUUAGAUAUGACAACUAACCGAGAAAUCAACUCAAAGGCAAUUAACAUUUUAUUAUUGUUGAUCGAGGGUAAUUAUAUAAGUGAAAAUUCGACCCGUUCCUCGUUGAUUGAAUCCUUAACUAAGGCCUUGGAUAAACCACCAAACCAAGUUGAAUCAAAGGAUAAAGUUUUCAUCUUAUUGUCGUUAUCUUCCUUAAUUGAUGCUUAUGAUUGCUCUUUCGAUGAUAUCAGGCCAUUGUUUCAAGCUUGUUCGAAAUCUUUCAGGAUAUACUCAGAUCGUAAUGUUAGAGAAACUUUAGUAAAAGUAUUCAAGAGUAUUGGAAAUAGAUUUGUUGAGUUAGAACAUGUUUCACAGCUUCUAGAAGGUAUAAAUGCUUAUUCAGAUAAGCGGAUUGAAGAACCUGAUUUUGAAAAGAGAUUAGGAAGUUUCAAGGAGAUUAAUGAAGUCAUGUAUUCAAAUUUGACUACAGUUCAAUGGCUACCAAUAAUAUAUUGUGCUUUAUAUUUCAUAAAUGAUGAAUUGGAAUUAGCAAUUAGAACGAAUGCAACCUAUACAUUAAACAGAUUUAUCGACUGUUUUUCAGAAAUGGAAAAUUCUCAGUUAGCCCAAGGUCAUAUACAUAUGUUCAAGGAUGUUGUUUUACCCCAUAUACGUAUUGGCCUUAGAAAAUCGACAGAAGUCGUCCAAACCGAAUAUAUUUCUGUGCUUUCUCACACUAUUGAACGUGCAAAAUAUUUUACCGAGUUGGAUGAUAUGAAAGUUUUAUUAUUCAAUAACGAUGAAGAAGCAAAUUUCUUCAAUAACGUAAAUCAUAUCCAAUUGCAUCGUCGUCAGAGAGCUAUCAAAAGGGUCGCCGAAUACAGAAAUAAAUUAUCGGAAAAUAGUAUUUCGCAUUACAUUUUGCCAAUAAUCGAGCAUUAUUCAUUUUGCCUGGAUGAAAAACUUCGUAAUAUUACGAAUGAAACGGUUGAUACCAUUAGUGCAUUGGCUAGAUGUAUAAGUUGGAAUCAAUUUAAGGCAUUGCUUAGAAGAUAUAUUACUGGAAUGAAAAAUAGUAAGGAAGACUUAUUGAAGGAUAAUGUGAAUUUGGUUGUUGCAGUAUCUAAAUCUUUAUUGGCUUCUAUCGAAUCGCGUAGAGAAAACUCUUCUGAAGACAUUAUGAGAGACUUACCAAAAACCCAAGAUGAAAUUAACAAUUACAUUAGACAAGAGUUAUUUCCAACCUUGAUGAAGACCUUGGCAGUUCGUAACGAUGAGACAAUUGUAUCUCGUAUUCCAUUAUCUGAGGCCAUGGUAAGCUUAGUUAUGUGUGUUUCUGAUGAUUUAAUAGAAUCUGAAUUACCUGGUAUAUUAACUAGUACAUGUCAAGUUAUGCGUUCUAGAUCGGAAGAACUAAGAGAUACAGUCCGAAAAGCAUUAAGCAAAAUUUCUAUUAUUUUGGGAGCCAAGUACUUCAAAUUUAUCUUGAAUGAAUUAAAGGGUGCAUUAUCUCGUGGUUCUCAAAUACAUGUAUUGAGUUUCACUGUCCAUUCCUUAUUAGUCACAAUUUCAGAAGUCUUAGAACACGGAGAUUUGGAUGAAUCUGUACAAUUAAUCGUAAAUAUAAUUAUGGAAGAUAUUUUCGGUGCUGCAGGGCAAGAAAAAGAUGCGGAGGGAUAUACUAGUAAAAUGAAGGAAGUCAAGUUCAAGAAAAGUUUCGAUUCAGGUGAACUAUUAUGCGCCAACAUUACGUUGAAGAGUUUUAGCUUUCUCGUUGAGCCUGUCAAACUUCUUUUACAAGAAAAUGUUUCUUUGAAAACACAAAAUAAGCUAGAUGAGUUAUUGAGAAGGUACGCUUUAGGUUUAAAUCACAACGAUGAAGCUUCAUCCAGAGAUGUACUUGUUUUAAGUUAUGAACUUCAUAAACAAUCUGACAAACUAUUGAAUGAAAGAAAAGGUCCCGUGAAGUCCAUUAAACCAUCAGAAGAUAAUUUUUUGGUGAAAUUGAAUGCUAAACCAUUGAAAACACAAACGGAACAUUCUCAGUAUAUUUUUACGUUGCAAAAGUUUGCCUUUGAAUUAUUAAGAACCUCGAUUUCUCGGCAUGAAACCUUACUUACUACUGAGAAUCUUGAAGGGUUUAUUCCUCUUUUAGAAAACGGUUUACAAUCUGAUAAUGAAGGUGUCGUAAUUGCUUGUCUUCGUACUUUAACUCUAAUAAUCAGAUUGCCAUUUUCAGAACAAAUAGAUGGUUUAUUUAAAGCUUGUGCAAGAAAAUCUUUGAAUAUGAUCAAGGAUUGUCCAUCUACCAAUUCUGAAUUAUGUCAGGCUUGCUUGAAAUUUCUUUCGGCAAUUAUUAGGCAUAAGCCGGAGAUUAAUUUAAAGGACACGGCAAUCAGCUAUAUUCUUGUACGUCUUCAACCUGAUUUGGAAGAACCAAAUAGACAAGGUUUGGCUUUUAACUUUUUGAAGUCUGUUGUUUCACAACAUAUAAUGAUUCCUGAGGUUUAUGAUACUAUGGAUAAGGUUUCUAAAAUAAUGGUUGUCAAUCAUGCAAAGGAAAUUCGGGAUAUGUCAAGAAGCGUUUACUUUCAAUUUUUAAUGGAAUAUGAUCAAGGAAGAGGAAGAUUAGAAAAGCAAUUUAAGUUCUUAGUGAAUAAUUUAGGGUAUGCGACGCAAGCCGGAAGACAGUCCGUAAUGGAACUAAUACAUUUAAUUAUUUUAAAGGCUGGACCAGACUUAUUGAAUAAAUUAUCCACUUCUUUUUUUAUUGCCUUGUCUAAUCUUGUGGUAAGUGAUGAUUCAGCAAAAUGUCGUGAGAUGGCUACCACACUAAUCUCUAACAUAUUCAAGAAAUCGGGUUCAAAGCACUUAUCAAAUAUCGAAAAAUAUUGCUAUGCUUGGUUGAACCAGUCAUCGAACGAAUUAUUAAAGAGGUGUGGUUUAAGUAUUUAUAAGAUCUAUAUUGCUGAAUUUGGCGUUGGAGAAAAUAAGCUGUUGGAUCAAUUAGCUUUACUGAAUAUUCAUGAAAUUUUAUCAGCUUCUAAAAAUAAUGAUGAUCAUGAUACUAACAUUGAAUGGGAAUUGGUUUAUUCUUCGUUGAGUGUAUUUUCUACUAUUUGUAGUAAAUUGAAGGAAACCGUUUUUAAAUCACAAUAUGAGGAAGUUUGGAAAUCUAUUUUGGAUUCUCUUUUGUUUCCUCAUUCUUGGGUUCGUCUAAUUUCAAGUCGAUUAGUUGGUAUUCUAUUAUCCAAUUUAGAUAAUUCUGAAUUUAUACUUACCGAUUACGAUAUUCAGACAAUUGCAUAUAGGCUGUUACAUCAACUUGGAGCACCAUCAAUUUCUCAAGAGUUAGGUACUCAAAUUACAAAAAAUUUGGUUUUAAUAACAAUGAGAUGGGAGUCUAAUAAAGUCUUGUAUCAGUACAAACCGUCGUCCGAGACUGACGUUGGAGAAUCUACAAAAUAUAAAUAUGCAACAGAUUACCUUGUUUCUAGGGUCUGUUCUAUCAUAAGACAAGAAAAUAAUUAUAAGGAUUCAUUUAUAUCAAAAAAAUCGUCGGUCCAAUUCACUGCUAUGUUAGUUCAAGUUCUUUCUCUUGAAAAGUUACCGGCUGCAUCCGAACAAAUUUUGCUAGCCUUAUACAAUUUAACAGAAUUAAACCCUAACAAUAGUGAAGAAGAAAGUGAAUUAGUAAACCUUGCUAUGGAAUGUAUGCAAAUGAUUGAAAAGAAACUUGGAACAUCUGAGUAUACUAAUAUAUAUACCAAGGUCAAACAAGCUGUCAACUUGAGGAGAAGAGAAAGAAAAACUAAGAGAGCUCAAAUGGCAGUUACAGCCCCAGAUAUUGCUGCAAGACGUAAAAUGAAAAAGCAUGAAAGAUCGAGAGACAAAAGAAAGCAUGAAAAGGAUGACAAUGGUUAUUAUCGUAGUAAAAAGAGCAGGUUCACGUAG